CUGAACACAGGGAUAGGAUGUUCAUGAAAUAUGUUGACAGGACAAAAAGUUGAAACUGUUGGCAGAAACCCAAAGUCAAUAUUGGAGCCAAGCAAAUAUUGCCUGCAGUGCCACAUUAGAACAGCUUGAAGACCGUUCAUUUUUAAGUGACGAGAGACUCCCUCACCUCCAGAGCCACAGAAGCAAUUGUGUUUUCAGGAUGACUUUAUUCAGGCAAUCAGCUUAUUUCCUUUCCUUGUUUGCUACAGUUUCUUGUGGCUGUCUGACUGAACUGUAUGAAAAUACCUUCUUCAGAGGUGGGGAUGUAACUGCCAUGUACUCCCCAAGUGCCCAGCACUGCCAGAUGAUGUGCACGUUCCAUCCAAGGUGCUUGCUGUUCAGUUUUCUUUCUGAAAGUUCGACUAAGGACACAGAGAAAAGGUUUGGUUGCUUCUUGAAAGAUAGUGUUACAGGAACCCUGACAAGAAUGCAUCGGACAGGAACAAUUUCUGGACACUCCUUAAAGCAAUGUGGUCAUCAAAUAAGUGCCUGCCACCGAGACAUUUAUAAAGGGAUUGAUAUGCGAGGAGACAAUUUUAAUGCAUCUAAGGUUAACAGUAUUGAAGAAUGCCAGAAAUGGUGCACCAAUAACAUUCACUGCCAAUUUUUCACAUAUGCCACACAAACAUCUUACGAUACAAAAUACCGGUACAACUGCCUAUUAAAGAACAGUCUGAGAGGAACACCUACCAGUAUAAAAGUGAUGGAUAACGUGGUAUCUGGAUUCUCACUGAAGCCUUGUGCACUUUCAGAAAUUGGUUGCCACAUGGACAUUAUCCAACGUCUUGCAUUUUCAGAUGUGAAUGUUGCCAAAGUUAUCACUCCCGAUGUUUUUGUAUGUCGAACCAUUUGCACCUAUCAUCCCAAUUGCCUCUUCUUUACAUUCUAUACGAAUGCAUGGAAUGUGGAAUCUCAAAGAAAUGCUUGUUUCCUCAAAACUUCUGAAAGUGGAACACCAAAUUCUACCUUUCAAGAAAACACCAUAUCUGGAUAUAGCCUUUUAACCUGCAAAAAAUCCUUACCUGAGCCCUGCCAUUCCAAAAUUUACUCUGGAGUUGACUUUGGAGGGGAAGAAUUGAAUGAGACCUUUGUGAAAGGAGUUAAUGUUUGCCAAGAGAUUUGUACGAAGAUGAUCCGUUGCCAGUUUUUCACUUAUUCUUUAGUCCCAGAAGACUGUAAAGAAGAGAAGUGUAAAUGUUCCUUAAGAUUAUCUUUGGAUGGUUCCCCAACCAAGAUUACAUAUAGGACACAAAUGAGCUCUGGUUAUUCUUUGAGAUUGUGUAAAAGUGGGGACAGCACUGUUUGCACAACAAAAGUAAGUGCACGCGUUGUUGGAGGAGCAAACUCUUCUUUGGGGGAGUGGCCCUGGCAGGUCAGCCUGCAAGUGAAACUGACUGCAAGGAGACACCUGUGUGGAGGGUCAAUAAUUGGUCACCGGUGGGUCCUCACUGCAGCUCACUGCUUUGAUGGGAUUCCCUUACCAGAUGUUUGGCGAAUUUACAGUGGCAUUUUAAGUCUAUCAGAGAUUACAAAAGAGACCUAUUUCUCACAAAUACAAGAGAUUGUUAUUCACCCAAACUACAAAAUCUCAGAAAGUGGUCAUGAUAUUGCCUUAGUAAAACUUCAGACUCCUUUGAAUUACACCGAAUUCCAAAAACCAAUAUGCCUACCUUCCAAAGGUGAUACAAAUGCAAUUUAUACCUACUGCUGGAUAACUGGAUGGGGCUUCUCAAAGGAAAAAGGUGAAAUCCAAAAUACUCUUCAAAAAGCAAACAUUCCUUUGGUAACAAAUGAAGAGUGCCAGAAAAAAUACAGAGAUUACCAAAUAACCAAGCAGAUGGUCUGUGCUGGCUAUAAAGAAGGGGGAAAGGACGCGUGUAAGGGAGACUCAGGUGGCCCCUUAGUUUGCAAAUACAACGGAAUAUGGCGUCUGGUGGGCAUCACUAGCUGGGGUGAAGGCUGUGCCCGCAGGGAGCAACCUGGAGUCUAUACCAAAGUCGCUGAGUACGUGGACUGGAUUGUAGAGACAAUGCAAGGUGACGGAGAUGCUUUGAUGAAGUCACCAGCGUGAGGGGGCUGUAGAGUGGGGAAGAGCCCCGUCUGUAGUGCUGUUUUUACAGCCUGGGUUGAAAGCAAAUACUAAGUC